UACAUAUACCUCUUUAUUUUAUGAAUUCUUUCUUAUUUUUAAUGAUAAUAUAGAUUUAUUAAGAAAUUGGUAUGAAUGAUGAGAAAGAGACAUGUAUGAAGAGGGGGCCAGGGGGCAUUGAACUAACUUGAUACACACAUACACUAGUUUGAUCUGCCUUUAUAAAUAGGUGAUAUAGGAAUAAAUGCUUCUAGUUGUAGCUCAAACGUGGUGAUUGUAAGAGAUCCCAAUUGAAACAAAAAACAAUUUGGUUCUUUGCAGAAACAAAUUAAACCUCUUCAGCUCUCCAACACUUUGCUGUUCCCUUCUUUUUUGUUUUCUUUCCUUCUUCUCUGAUACUAUCAUUAUUGUUUGGUUUUGGGAUCUUUUCCAGUUUCUGCUCCUUGGCUGCCAUAGUUUUUUGGGGCUCUAUUCAGCUUUAGGAGAAUACAGAAAGUAGGAGUUUUUCCUCAGAAGAAAGAUACCAUACAUACAUUUAACAGGGUUUGUAAAUAUCUUAAACUAGCAGAACCUAGUGCAGUGAAAUGGGUAGUGCUCCUUUAUCAAGCUGGCCAUGGGAAAAUUUUGGAUUAUUCAAGUAUGUGUUAUAUGGUCCAUUGGUGGGGAAGGUUGUGUAUGAAUGGUUGAAUGGCGUGGAACUCUACUCCAUGAUCAGCUGCUGGAGCCUUCACUUGCUCAUACUAUGGAUUCUAAGAGGAGGAGUUCAUGUUCUGUGGAGUUCUUAUAGUCACAUGCUUUUUCUCAAUCGAAAUCGAAGGAUCCUUCAACAAGGUGUGGAUUUCAAGCAGAUUGAUCUAGAAUGGGACUGGGACAACUUCUUGAUUCUUCAAGCACUAGUUGGGUCCAUGGCUUGCUAUGUGUUUCCAUUUCUUCAAGAUCUUCCAUUAUGGAAUAUGAAAGGUGUUGUUGCUGCUAUGAUUCUGCACGUGGGAGUCUCAGAGCCACUUUACUAUUGGAUGCAUAGAAAGUUUCAUGAACAUCACUUUCUUUUCACUCAUUACCAUUCACUUCAUCAUUCAUCUCCUGUUCCGGGGCCAUUUACUGCUGGAAAUGCAACACUAUUGGAGCACCUUGUUUUGACGGUGGUGAUAGGAAUCCCUGUUUUAGGGGCAUCCAUAAUGGGAUAUGGAUCAGCAAGCUUGGUGUAUGGUUAUGUUUUGACUUUUGACUUUCUGAGGUGCUUAGGUCAUUGCAAUGUUGAAGUGGUCCCACAUGAGACUUUUGAAAGGUUUCCUCUCCUUAGAUACUUGAUUUUCACACCAACAUACCAUAGCCUGCACCACACUGAUAAGAACACCAAUUUCUGCCUCUUCAUGCCCCUCUUUGAUGCACUAGGCAAUACCCUUCACUCCAAUUCAUGGCAAUUACACAAAAGAUUAAGCUCAGGUUCAGGGAACAAUUGUAGGGUACCGGAUUUUGUUUUCUUGGCCCACAUAGUUGAUGUGAGUUCUUGUAUGCACAUUCAGUUCUAUCUUCGAUCCUUUGCUUCGUUGCCAUACAGAACAAGAUUCUUCCUGGUCCCAAGUUGGCCAUUCGCCUUGUUAGUUUUGCUAGCAAUGUGGGUUUGGUCCAAAACCUUUGUAGUUUCCUUCUACUACCUCAGAGAUCGCUUGCACCAAACAUGGGUUGUACCUAGAUGUGGCUUCAUGUAUUUCAUACCCUAUGCUACUGAGGGAAUCAAUAAGCAGAUUGAGGAAGCAAUCUUGAGGGCAGAUAGGAUUGGGGUCAAGGUCAUUAGCCUUGCUGCAUUGAAUAAGAAUGAAUCACUAAAUGGCGGUGGAAAGCUUUUCGUGGAUAAGCAUCGAAAUCUCAGAGUUCGAGUUGUUCAUGGAAACACAUUAACUGCUGCUGUGAUCCUCCACGAAAUUCCGGAGCAUGUGGAUGAGGUGUUCCUCACUGGAGCCACUUCCAAGCUUGGAAGAGCAAUCGCACUCUACCUCUGCCGUAAGAAAGUCAGAGUUCUCAUGUUGACUCUGUCAACGGAUAGAUUUCACAAGAUUCAAAGGGAAGCACCUCUUGAAUAUCAAAGUUACCUUGUCCAAGUCACAAAAUACCAAGCCGCACAACACUGCAAGACGUGGAUUGUUGGCAAGUGGAUAUCGCCAAGAGAGCAAAGCUGGGCGCCACGUGGGACCCACUUUCAUCAAUUUGUGGUGCCACCAAUCUUGUCGUUUAGAAGAGAUUGCACUUACGGUGAUCUUGCAGCUAUGAGAUUACCACAAGACGUGCAAGGCCUAGGCUCCUGUGAGUACACUAUGGAAAGGGGAGUAGUGCAUGCAUGCCAUGCAGGAGGAGUGGUGCAUAGUCUUGAAGGAUGGACUCAUCAUGAGGUUGGCGCCAUUGAUGUCCACAGAAUCGAUCUUGUGUGGGAAGCUGCCCUCAAACAUGGACUACGCCCAGUAUCAUCACUCUAAUCAUCCAUCUCAUUUCUUUCUUAUUUAUCACAUCUUACACCUUAGAGUGGCCAUUUAAAUGUGAUUAAUUAAGUCCAUUCAAGUAACGACCCCUCUUAAUGUAUGUUUCUUACUUCAUAGCUUACUUUAAUAUUCCAAACAUAUUUAAACAAUGUUAGACAGAUAUUAACUUUCUCUCAAAGUUUAAUUAUCAAAAUUACGUGCUAUAAUAAUCUUUCUUCUUACAUAAUAUAUCUCUAUGUCUUCUAGAGUCCUACUCUAUAAUUGUAUAUAAUUGCAUUUUCCCACGUACUUUUCGUGCGAUUAGAUAUCUUUUAAAAAUUGUCUAUUAUUUAGCUUUUAAAAAAGAGAAAAACUAACAAAUAAGUAACUUACUAUAAAAAUAAAUAUUUAAAUGAAUUAAACAAUAUUAUUUAAAUAAAAAAAUUAGCUAAAAUUUGAAAAUUUAAAAAACAAAUAGCAUUUCUCUUUUAUACGGUAGCUAUUGUUUUGGUUGACAAUGGAUAUAUAGCAGGGAAAAAACAAAAUAGUUACGUUUCUAUUUAACAAACAUAAUAAGAUUUGCAAUUUUCGACCAACGAGCUAUAACUCAAAUGACAUAGUGUAUUAAUGUUUCCAUAUUCACCUAAGAGGUCUUAGGUUCCAGUCUCUUUAUUUUUGGUAAAAAAAAUUUUAAAAUUUUUGUUUUCUUGUUGAUAAUGGGCCAGGGUCCACAAGCAGACCCAACCCAACAACAAACACUAAAAAAAGAAGCGAAAUGGGCUUCAGGCCCAAUUAACUGGACCAAAACACCAAAUAGAAUGAAGUUGCGGCAAUUUCUAGAAAGAUGACACGUAACAGUAGCGGUUACUGGAAGCCAAACACGUGUGGCGUUGUGAAACUUUGUAAACCGCCAUGAACGUAACAAAUCGAGGAUGAUUGUUGUUUGGGUUUCUCUGUUUCCAGUUUGGAAAGAUGCAAAGAAGAAUAGUGGAAAAGAGCGGGCAGGUGAUGAGGCUGAGAGUUAGAAAGAAGAAGAAAAGUGGGAGCGGAAGAAAAGCGGCGGUUCUGAAGAAGUUGGCGACAUACCUGCAGUGCGAUACUUUCAUGUACGCUCCCCUGGUAUCAGAUUUUCCCGACCCUGCUCUCCCUCUCUUUCCUUCCCCUGCUAAAGUGGUUGAACUCAAAAAACCAAGGAAAGAGAAGCAGCGUUUUGUAGACCAACUUUUAGAAUACCUGAAAUCCGAUGUCUAUAUGUAUGCUCCCCUCCUUCGUUCAUCUUCAGGUUCAUCACAGCACUCACCAACAAGGUUCACAAGCGGAAAUGUGAAUCCUCAAGCAGACCUCUCUCAACAGCAUCAUACUUGGGUGCAAAAUGAAACUGUAAAGCACACUGUGUAUCAAAUGCA